GGGUCCUUUAAGCUACAACGUUAGCACGACGCAAUGCAAGUAACGCUCAGUGCGAAUGCACUCAAACCCUUUUCCAGAGCCCUUACUUGCUUGUCGAAAUACGGCGAUGAUCUCGUCAUUCAUGCGGACACAGAGUAUCUGUCAUUAAGCACAACAAACUCCUCACUGUCGGCCUACUGUCGAUUCAAGUACAGCAAACGCUUCUUCUCCAGAUACAGAGUCGGGAAUGGUGCAAACAGGGACAAAAGCUCUCCGAGUGUUGUUGUCGAGGGAGAUAUUAAGGGACAGAUCCCCACCAAGACUUUUCUUUCGAUUCUGAAGCACAAGACAAUCGAGAAGACGGUAGAACGUUGUGAAUUGUCAGUUGUGGAGGGCCCCACGCAGGAUGACCAGGAAGAACCUAGUGAAGAUCGGAAUUCCCUGGAAAGCAGACUCAUUGUUAGGUUCUACUGCAAGCUUGGUAUCGUGAAGACACACAGACUGCCUCUCUUAAUACCGAGCUCCCUCCUGUCACCUGGUGUUCCAGAUUCAGAAAACGAGUCACGCUUAAUGAUUGGGCCAAGAGCUAUCAGAGAUAUCACGGAGCAUUUUCCAAAUGGCCGUGGCACGAAAGGUGACCCUCAGCUCGUCUGGACCUUUGGGGCCACAGACGUUGAUGUCAAGAGUCUCGAGUGUUCUCUUGACGCCAAAGGACGAAUUCAGUUGGCCACUGAACUUACCAUAAGUGUGGAUGAAUUCGACGUGUACGAGGUAUUUUCCCUGCCGAUCACCAUUGCCUUCCACUUGCGGGAGUUUAACGCAACUAUAGCAUUUGCGGAGGCCACAAGUUCACCGCUAGAGCUCCGAUUUACGGAUCCAGCAGCACCGCUUUUCAUUGGCGUUGAAGGCGAUGAAUCUGAGUGUUUGUUUGUCAUCUCUACCUCCCAAAUACAAGGCACUAUCGCGGAUGGACAGGGGCCUAAAACUGCAAAUAACCUUGCCAACGCUGGAUCAAACGGUCGCAAACGUGCGCGUCCCGAUAUUCCCACCGAGGAUGGGCAAGCUGUUGAUUAUUCUCAGUCUCACCGAGUGGAGAAGAUGAAAAAACCUGCGAAAGCCGCUCUCAGGUCGGAUGUUGUUCCUGCGGGUAGUAGUCGCAGCACUAGUACAACGUCGCGAACAGCUUCGAAGGCGGAUGAUAAUUCCGACACUAUGCUUCCGUCAUGUACGACAGGACGAAAUCCCCUGACGCAACCAAACCCCUCCCUGAACGAAUUUCAGCCCAUGUUUGAUGACAGCGGUGACUACGACUACGACAACAUGGAGAUGGAUCUAGGUGACAAUGCCGGUCCACCAAGUCCCAACGCCUCCGAUAGAUCACACGAGCCGCUCUUUUAUCCUUCCUCUUCACAACUUGCACCUCCGCCGAAGCCCAGUUCACCAUGCCCAGCCCCUCAACACGACCCACAGCUGCCCCAAACAGAAAAACGGAUCAUAGGAUCCUUAAGGCUCGGUGCCGACUACGUGAAAAAAGGACCACACGUUAUGCUCGAAGGAGGAGAUGAAGUUGACUCGGCUGUGUCUGCAACUCUAGAGACCGAAGAUAUCCGAGUAGAGAGCGGCGGAAGAGACAGUCUAGAGCUGUUCGAAGAUGAAUUUGGCCCCACGCAGGAGGGGAAUUGCGGCGCAAGAAAGGUAUUUCAACCACUUUUCGAGGAUUGAUCGGACCAGUUGCGUUUCUCGUGCGUGGACAGUAUUAUUUAUAUAAAUUAAUAGACACACGAGCAAGCUACCAGUGGCUGGGGGAGAGUGCCACGUACUCGUGUGGUGGCGGUGGUCGUAGAAUAUGGACACUCUUUUCUGACGAUUGUAUGCCCUGAUAUCCGAACUAUCGAAGGGCAGAUAGUCUUACCGAUUGUCGAGCACAGGGGCUGCAACUGAUUUGGAUCUGCCUGACAAUAACUCCACCCCCAAGUGGAAAACUCACGCUGCAAUAUUAGUGAACCUGCACGGGGGUCGUACACGACUUCACG